AUGAGGCGCCUGUUGGUUUCAACUUUUCUAAUUGUUUCGGCUGCGGCUGUUGGCUACAAAGAUGUAGAAAAUGAAGUUGUGAAAAGGAAAGACGAGAUCAUUGGCGAUGGAACUGAGAUCAAGGAUCCAAAACACUUGAGAUUCUUCGUGAAAACAAAUAAAGUUGAGCCUGAAUUCAUCGAGAAAAGUUUCAAACUUUCUGAAGAGAGUAACGAUGAGAUAAUGAAACGCCUUCAGAAGAAACUUGAUGAAUUUGCUCAACAAAUUCGGGAACAAAGUGAAAAAGAACGCAUUCAGAAUAAGGACCAACCAGCAGAAACGAAAGCUGAAACGAAGAGUAAGAGAGCUGCGGAUCAAAUUGGAUCUCUGUUGGGAUAUAUUGAUGCUGCCAAGAAGUUCAUCGAUGAACAUGACCUGACCGUUACAUACAUCUAA